AUGUCGCGUGCCGACCUACUGCAAGGGGCUAUCAUCAAGUCGCAGGAGGCGGCGCAGUGGGCGCCGUACCACGCGCCGGACGAGGAGUCGGAGAUCGUGGCGCAGUUCCUGACGGCGCCGUACCCGUGCUUCGACGGCUACGACUACCCCGACGUGUCGUUGGCGCUCUCCUACUGCGGCAGCGCCUCCAGCUCCAUCGACCUCAACCUCUCCGGGGAGGAAGAGGAGGAGAGGAUCACCAAAGGCGCCUCCAUGGUCCCCGGCUACCUCAACGAUGGCAAUGCCCGCGGUGCCGCAACACCGAAGCGGAAGGUUUUGCAGGCCGGCCAAGAUGAUCAUGGACGGCACAAGAAGAAGCUUCGUGCUGCAGAUCACAAGCUACAAAGUUUGUUUGCCAUAAUGUGGCCACUGGCGAGGCUGAUUCUCGAAUUUGGCGUCAUCGUGCAGGGCAAGAAGGUUGUACCCAAGACGUGUAGCAGCAGCUACUGCUCGGACAACGAGUCCAACUGCUCCCUGAGGAACCGCGGCGCGGAGGAUCAUGUCGCCGGCGGCGCCAAACCGAAGGCUCGGGCCGGUCGCCGGUUGGCGACCAAUCAACAGAGCCUCUACGCAAAGAGAAGAAGGGAAAAUAUCAACGACAAGCUCCGGGCUUUGCAGAAGCUGGUACCCAACGGAACCAAAGUGGAUCUUAGCACUAUGCUUGAGGAGGCAGUCCUCUACGUCAAGUUUUUGCAGCUGCAGAUCAAGGUGCUGAGUUCUGAUGAGAUGUGGAUGUACGCGCCGCUCGCUUACAACGGCAUGAGCUUAGGAAUCGAUUUGAGGAUCACCCCUCAAUGAAUAAUGAUGGACAUGACUCGCUUUCUUUCCAUCUAUUGGAUUUUUUGAGCCAGACGGAAGCUAACCAUUUCGAAAAGAGGAUGAGCUACAAGAACCUCAACUACAUUGUAUAACACUGACGACAUACAGAACCAAGGGUUUGCAAUUGUCUUCUCUCUGCAAGAACCAAUCUUUUUAGGUCACUUACCAUCAGCUCUCCACACAUCAGAUUCACGGGUCUUGAUAGACUAGCAGAGCAUGUGCCCGGGAAUGUAGGUCUGUUUUUAGUAGAGCACGAAGCUACAGAGGACACCCAUUAUGACUGAUGCUAUAAUAUCAGAGCAGAUUUGUAAAUCUGUCACAUUUUUACCCAACUGAUUGAUGUUGAAACAAUGGAGAAGGAAU